AGGACCCAGCUCUCUUCCAAUCAGACCGCGAAGCGCGAGGCUCCGCCCCACCCCGGAUCCGGCCUGGGGCCUCGAGGUGGUCCCUGCGCCGCCUGCCCACCCCGAGGCCGAGCGCCCCUGAAGGCGGGCCGCCCUCGCCGCUCGCGUCGCGUACUUGGCCGGGGGCUCCCUCCCGCCCCCGGUCCCCCCCGCCCGGAGGCCCCUGUACCCCGCACACCCUCAGAGCUGGUGUCAGGGAGGUACCGGUACGCCGGAUGUGACGUCACCCCGCGGAGCCGGAAGCGGCUCCUGAGGGAGGGAGGGAAGAUGGCGGAGGUGGGCGAGGUCAUCGAGGGCUGCCGCCUGCCCGUGCUGCGGCGUAAUCAGGACAACGAGGAUGAGUGGCCUUUGGCCGAGAUCCUGAGUGUGAAGGACAUCAGUGGCCGGAAGCUGUUCUACGUUCACUACAUCGACUUUAACAAGCGCCUGGAUGAGUGGGUGACCCAUGACAGGCUGGACCUAAAGAAGAUCCAGUUUCCUAAAAAAGAGGCCAAGACUCCCACCAAAAAUGGGCUCCCUGGAUCCAGACCGGGCUCCCCUGAGAGGGAGGUGCCGGCUUCGGCCCAGGCCAGUGGGAAGACACUGCCGAUCCCGGUGCAGAUCACGCUCCGCUUCAACCUACCCAAGGAGCGAGAGGCCAUCCCCGGCGGCGAGCCUGACCAGCCCCUCUCCUCCAGCUCCUGCCUGCAACCCAACCACCGUUCCACGAAACGAAAAGUGGAAGUGGUUUCACCAGCAACUCCCGUGCCCAGCGAGACAGCGCCAGCCUCUGUCUUUCCUCAGAAUGGCUCAGCCCGGAGGGCACUGGCUGCCCAGCCAGGACGGAAGAGGAAGUCCAACUGUCUAGGCACCGAUGAGGACUCACAGGACAGCUCAGACGGCAUCCCCUCGGCCCCUCGCAUGACGGGCAGCUUGGUGUCUGACCGGAGCCACGACGACAUCGUUACCCGCAUGAAGAACAUCGAGUGCAUCGAGCUCGGCCGCCACCGCCUCAAGCCCUGGUACUUCUCCCCGUACCCCCAGGAACUGACCGCUCUGCCCGUGCUCUAUCUCUGCGAAUUCUGUCUGAAGUACGGGAAAAGCCUCAAGUGUCUACAGCGUCACCUGACCAAAUGUGACCUUCGACACCCCCCAGGCAAUGAGAUUUACCGCAAGGGUACCAUCUCUUUCUUUGAAAUCGAUGGGCGUAAGAACAAGAGUUAUUCCCAGAACCUCUGCCUUUUGGCCAAGUGUUUCCUGGACCACAAGACCCUAUAUUACGACACAGACCCGUUCCUCUUCUACGUCAUGACUGAGUAUGAUUGCAAGGGCUUCCACAUCGUCGGCUACUUCUCGAAGGAAAAGGAGUCCACAGAGGAUUACAAUGUGGCAUGCAUUCUGACCCUCCCUCCGUACCAGCGACGUGGCUAUGGCAAGCUGCUCAUCGAGUUCAGCUAUGAGUUGUCUAAGGUGGAAGGGAAGACAGGAACCCCGGAGAAGCCCCUCUCGGACCUUGGCCUCCUGUCCUAUCGCAGCUACUGGUCGCAGACCAUCCUGGAGAUUCUCAUGGGACUCAAGUCGGAGAGUGGCGAGCGGCCCCAGAUCACCAUCAAUGAGAUCAGCGAGAUCACCAGCAUCAAGAAGGAAGACGUCAUCUCCACCCUGCAGUACCUCAACCUUAUCAACUACUACAAGGGCCAGUAUAUCCUGACUCUGUCAGAGGACAUCGUGGAUGGCCAUGAGCGGGCCAUGCUAAAACGGCUUUUGCGCAUCGACUCUAAAUGUCUACACUUCACCCCCAAAGACUGGAGCAAACGGGGAAAGUGGUGACGACCUCCCCUUCCACUGUGCCGUGCCCCAUGGUUGCCGGGCCUCUUCUGCCACCGGGGCUGGACUAAACAGGACCCCAGGCAGGAAGGGUCUUGGGCUUGGCCCUGGGCACGUGAGCCAUUGACAUGGGAAGAGGAAGAGAUCAGAGGCUGGAGACUGCUGCCCCCAACUGGAUGCUCCUCCCCACUGGGGUGGCGAGGCUGUGGGCCUUGGGCCCCUGUGUACAGAAAGCUGGGCAGCAGUGUGUAGUGUUGAGGGGAGGGCGGGCUGCUGGGGCGUGUACAGUUGUUUUGUAAAGUGUGAGCCAGAGGGGCUGCAGGAGGUGCAGCCUGGACGCUCCUGCUGUUUCAUCUGCAAUAAACUGUUUGUACGGACCAGGGUCUCCUCCUGGGGGCCAAGAAGGGGGAGAUGCCACA